AUGCCAUUCAUACUCUCCACCGCCCAGCACGGUCCCGACAUUCCCGGCCCUGUCGGCCUAGACGAGUCCCUACAGCUCGAACCCGAACCGCACACCUCCGUCGGGUCCUCCCUUACUGGCUCUUACGACCUCGUCACCACAUGUGAUACGUACCACAACGCCAUUGCGGAUGGUAGCGUCGAGAUCUACCACGCAGAGCUCCGACCAACAUCAAGUCUCAAUAAUGAGCAAGAAAGAAACUCGAUUCCGGUCGUUGUGAAGAUAGCGUUAACACAAGACGGGUACACCAAGAUCCUACACGAAGGACGGUUCUACUCAAAACACCUAGGGCCUCUCGUGGAGGAUCACAUGGCGCCCAUAUGCUACGGCGCGUUCAAAGUCCUCAACCGCACCGGCAAAGACCACGCGCACGGGUGUCUGAUCCUCCAAGACUGCGGCCAGCUCGUCGGGUACGGCGACGUGGCAUUGCGGGAUCGCGAUCCGGACGGCGACGCGGCGUACAUCCGUGCCGCUGUCCUCUCAGCCGUCCGCAAACUACACACCCUCGGCCUAACGCACGGCGACCUCCCGUUCGGCCACAUAACCCGCAUGCCGGACCGCUCCGUCCGCAUCAUCGGCUUCACGCACGCCCAAACCGGCCACGAAUGCCAGUACACGCUCUCCGACGCCGAUCUGUGGGGCAGACCGCAGCCGGAGCCGGGUGCUGUGGGGUGUAGCGAGAUCUACGACGUGUGCGAGGGGUUGAACAUCUUCGUGCCAGGCUUCUUCGAGUACAUCGACACCUACCUCCCCGCAUCUCUCAUCGAGGACCAAGACCUCGAGUCUAUAGCCGAUAACGCGCCCGAGGGGACAAGGCCGGCGUACGCGCUGAGGAGGGCGUACGGGGCUGCGCUGGUGUAUCUGGAGGAGUGGUUUCCAGAGGUCGCUGUGCGGAUGCAAAAUGAGAUGGGGAAGGGGUUGAAGGAGCGGUGUAGAGUGUAUCAGAAGGCCAAGGAUGAGAGGGAAGCGAAGAGACGGAUGAGUAUGAGAGAGCCGGCUUCCACUCAGUGA